AUGAUGUCCACUUCUCCCAUUUGGAAAUCUAAAGAUGAAUUUUGUGAAGAGUUUCCUCACAACUUCAUUCCAACUCCUGGCUACUGGAUCGAGUGCUCAAGACAGAAAAUCACUUCUGAUACGAUUUGGGAUGAGAGUGAAUCUGACAAUAAUGAGGAGGGAGACGACGAAGGCCAUGAUGGAAUUGAUCACGAUCAGGAGUUCAAGAGGAGAGAUCGAAGUUGCAGCGAUUUGUAUGAAGGUGACGAAGACGACGAUGAUUCGUCAUCGUUGAAAAAAAAGACUGUCAUAGAAGAACAAUGGGAGAAGAACCAGGGUUUUGAACUGACCAGUGUGGAACAGGAAACUUACGAGAAAUAUUUUUACGGGACCGAACAUUGGAACUAUUUCACCAAUGAUGAAGAUCUUGGACCGGUCAUACUGUCAAUCAAGCAAGAAACAAUCAAUUCAAGGGAUCAAUUUAGGAUAUUAGUAAGAGCUAUAAGUUAUACGGUUCAUGGUUUGAUACCGGCAAGUUGCGUAUUCGCAGACAGGUAUAACAGAGAGGAGGUUGUGCGAUCAUUGGGAAAAGAAGUCAAUAUCAACCCACCACUUACAUUAGGACAACUUCCGGAUACUCCUGAAGAGCUACUCAAAUUAGACCAGGUCUUUAUCAAAUCUGAACUGAAGGUCGGAGUGAUUUUCGUGAAGGAAGGGCAAUAUACCGAAGAAGAAAUUUUAGACAAUAACGACAACACGCUUUUGUUCGAAGAGUUUUUACAAAUAUUAGGAGAAAAGGUUAGACUGAGAGGUUUCGAUAGAUACAAAGGUGGGCUGGAUACUGUACACGACCUCACAGGUUUAUAUUCGGUCUACACCAAUUGGAGGAACAUCGAAAUCAUGUUCCACGUCAGUACGCUCUUGCCUUAUGAACGCCACGAUCCGCAGAAGUUGCAGAGGAAGAGGCACAUUGGGAACGAUAUCGUCUGCGUGGUUUUCCUCGAAGCUGACAAUACUUCGUUUUCUCCUGCUUGUAUCAAGAGCCACUUUCUACACACUUUCAUCUUGGUUCGAACAUCUCCUAGGAUAAAAAGGAAACCCACCCGUUACGAAGUGUCCGUUGUAACAAGAGAUGAAGUUGGUGCGUACAAACCUUAUUUGUGGGAACAAAGUGUUUUCGACAAGGGAUCAAUGUUUCGAGAAUGGCUCCUCACGAAAAUUGUCAAUGGAGAAAGGGCUAGCUAUUCAGCACCAAAAUUUGCAAGGAUGCAAGAAAGGACGAGGUCGCAGAUAUUGGAGGACAUUGUUGCGAAUCUACAAAAUCACGCUGAGACUGGACAAAUUCCAAAGCCCUACAGGAGAGGUUCUUGGAGACCCAUUGGCCACAUGCGACCUUCUUCCCCGCUCUUGGACAGUGUUCGUGAUCAGUUCGAAGGUUACGACCAAAUCGCCAAGGAUUUCACCAAAAUGUUUCUCAAUAACGAGCCGAAUACUACCAUCAACGCCCAAUUAUUCGACGUGGUAUUCAUGGUUGGUCAGUCGAAACAAAAGAUCAAGUUGGUGGGUGUGAGAGCUAUUUUAGCGGUCCGCAGCAGAGUCUUCCAGGAAAUGCUCUACGGCAUCCAGACGGGCUUCGGUUCCCCCCAGGUCCCCGUCGCAGAAAUUCUGGCUCGACCCGUUCCCUCGCUGCUCAGUCCGCAGCAGUUUCGGCUGAAGAGCAGCAAUUUUCUGCAAGUGCCUGACCCGGAGACGCCGCGCCCGAAGAGCGUGCCCAGUUCACCCAUGGUGAAGAGAGCCAUCACGAGACUGGGCACCAUCACGGCCGGGUGGGGGAGGUCCAUCAGGAAGCACAACGCCCAGCAGCUCUCUUCGGACGAUAAGAAGAAGUGGGCCAGCAGCCACGAUUGUUCAAAUAAAGAUGAUAAAGAUAAAGACGGAAAGGAAAAACCGAACCUGUCGCAACUUCCCGUACCAAGACUAAGCGUAUGCGCUAAUGCUCAAAAAGUAGAUACGUUAAAAAUGGCCCAGACUGAAUUUUCUAUCAUAGAAUUUGACGCCGACACUUUUAAGGUAUUACUGGAUUAUCUGCACACGGGGACCUGUCCUCUCACCUGCGGCAAUGUUCCUGGAUUGAUAUGCGCAGCUGAACAUUACGACCUACCUGAGCUUCUUCAGGCGUGCUUUCAUCAUGCCAAACAGUUUUUGAGGAUGGAAGUGGCUUGCUCGAUGCUGGUCGCUCUGGAGAACUAUUACUGGAGGUACACCUCUGCGUCGGAGUUGGUGAACAUGAUAUUAGUGUUUUUGGAGUCAAGAUGCUCAAUAUUAUUCAAUAUGGAUGACUUUUACGAAUUGAGCGAGUCUGUUGUCCAAAUGAUUAUGAGCAGGAAUCUUGACGUACCUGAAAUCGCGAAAUUUCAAGCAAUCCAUGAGUGGGCAAAACAUAAAAUCAAGAAUAAAACUUCCAAUAAAUUGGAUGCCAAAUUAGAGUUCAGGGGUAUAAUGGAACGAUUAACUAGAGAACUCAAAUUGUACAGAAUUACUCCACAGGAAAUUAUUAAGAUUGUUCUCCCCUCCAAAACCAUCAAAAAUGAAAGGAUAUUGGAAACCCUCAUGUUCCAAGCCAGUUCAGGCAUGUACAGAAUGCAAGACGACAUCAUUGAGGAAUGCACCCAAAGACUGCAGAAACAAGAGUCUCGGUUUUCAGAAAUGGAAUCCUUUGACUAUAACUGAAAACUUUAUUGGUAAUUUAGUGUAGAAGACAAUCAGAUCAAAAAAUUAAGUGAAAGCAUGUGCCAAUCCGGAAGGCAAAUAGUUUGACCCGGAUGAUUGUCUGAACAAAAACUGCGAUAUCAUCUAUUGAUAUUUUCCUUAAAAAAUCUGUAUUGAGAUUUUGCAGGGGCUAAGAUAUUUUUUCAGAUGAAAUGGAAUAUUAUUGAUCAAAAUUUGUCGAUGGAAUUCAAAACAUGGUCAGUGUUACUGCCAACUCUCCAAAGAAAAGUUGGUUAAUGAUUCUCAACAUAAUUUAUUCCUUUAGAAAUCAAUCUGAAUCAGAAUUGAAACAACGACGUCCUUGUUCUGAUUCUGAAAUGGUACAUUUUGAUACCAAAUAAUAAGGAUGUGGAGUAAUGAUUUCAGCUUGAUAUUUCCUAUAUAUUUGCAUUAUUUACCCUCAUCUCUCAUUAAUAAUACUUCCUAAACUGGUGAUUCAGAUGUCUUCGAUGAUUUUCACUUCAAUGGGUUCAAUAAUCUUAGUUAAAUCAAAGGUUCAAGGUCUGAAAACUCAGCUC